UCUUGGAAAUGUCAAAUAAAAAAAAAAUUAGGUUCACUCAGAAAAUAAAAGACACCCAGAGAACACGCCGUACAUAGCAUACGACUAGGAUAGGAAACAAAGCAAGACCGUCGGCAAUGGCAAACAAAGGACACUUUAUCGAGAGGAAUGGCAACCAGCGGGCUGCUGGCCUACCCUCCUUUGGGCCAGAAGUCCUGACCUUCAAGGAUUGCCUGAUCAUUGCGCAUCCGGCGGAGGAAAUACGCAGCCGUAUAGAGGUCGAGUGCAGGAGGAACCGGGCGCAGCCCGUCGGAAAACUUCAGCCACAUCUCCCGGACAGCAAAAUCGGCGAACUCCUCUGCAGUGAAGGUCAGAAGUCACGCUUCACGAUCUUCAAGGAGAAGUUCCUCGAGGACAUGUACUGUAAAUCGGGGAAAAUCGCUGAAAUAAUGCCCACGCAUUCGAAGCCGAACGAUGUGACCAAUUUGAGUCGCACCUUCGGACGUGCCAAUCCGCCAUCGGAUACCUUAUAUAGCACCGUAAUGCCGAACAAAUCGGCCGAGCAGGUCAACCGGGAAUAUGGAGAGUUCCAUGAGGGUCACAUCGUCAGCAACAACCAUUAUUUUCCCUCUGAGCAGGUCAAUCGCAGGUACACAAAGGCCUUUGAUCGAUCUGGAACCUUUGGGGUUUUGCAAGGCGCCGAUACCACUGGAUCGACGAUGAAAAAGUGUUUGAUGCAAGGUGACGGGCACUUAACUGUGGUCUCCAAACCCUGGAUGGACUACGUAGAGCGCACCAAAGGACCUUUGGGGAAAAAAUACGAAAAAUACCUAGAUGAGGUGCCCAAUUUGUACUUUGGUGGUCGCCGGAGGACGGAUAAAUGUACGAUUAAAAUGUUGUUGGAGGACAUAAGUCCGUGCGAAGAGGACAAUACUUUGGUGAAUGCUUUAUCCUAUUUGAACAGGCUGCGUGAGAGUCUCCACAAGCGGAACGAUUUCUACAUGAUGGACCUGAUCGCUGCGCUGGAGAGGAGCGACAAGGAGCACUCGGGUCACAUGCCACUCUCCCAGAUCCUUCAAACCAUGUACAGACUGCAUAUCCGUGUGGACGAGGCGAAAAUCCGCACCAUGCUAUCGCAUUUCCGGAAGAUCCUGGACGAAGGCUGUGCCACCGAACGGGUGAAUUACGAUCAAUUUUGCCGGCUGCUCUCCGUUCAGCAACCACUGCCGGAAGUCGGAUUGAUUGGCAUCGUUCCGGACUAUAAGUACAGUAAGGAAACCACCUAUCGAAGUCUUUGCAAAGAUCGCAUGAAGAAUAAUAACCCGGGAGGUAAAGUCUUAAACUGGCCCAACUGGAAUCCUCACCACAGGGACGAUGUCAAUACACAUGUCAAGGAUAUCCUACAACCGGAACUGAGCACCAAAGUUGGACUUCGGCCCAGUGACUUCAGUUGCCCUCGAAACAAGGAUCAAAUGGAGCGGAUAUUCAACAAAUUAGUCACCAAGGAUGAAUUUGAAGGCAUUUGGCAGCGGCUAAUGGCGGAUAAUGACAAUUCGGAUCAGAAGGAAAUGGCAUCAGUUAUGCAGUUUCGUGAUGAGAUGCUGAGAAAAAAAGAUUAACUAGUCCUUUUCAAUACAUUAUCACAUGUUUUAGCAAUUCAAAAUAAACAAGAAAGCUAUGCCGAAUAAUAAAUAUUGUAGCCAG